AUAAUCAUUUAUGUUAGUUUCCCGGCUAUCGGAGAGUUACAGUUGGAAAUCUGAAGGAUCCUCGCCGGCGGCAUGAAUAUUCCGAACUACAAUCACUUGCAGACCCCACUUCGCCAGACUCAGCCGUCUUCCUCAUCCUCUACUUCCAGACUCCUUCUUCUUCUAACCUUCCUCCCUCUCACCCUUGCAGCUCUUGCUUUUGUCCUCCAAUGGCGCGGCGGACUCACCGAUCCCGCCACCCGCUGGUCCCCUCCGGGAUCCUACCAGUUCCCUGGCAUGGAAGCCUCGACCCUCUCCCCGAUUUCGCGCCACUCCACGCCUUCCGCUUCUGAUUGCCUCAAACUUGGCCGGAGUGUUACGCCAUCGUUCCCGUACUAUCAAGACUGGAAGUUCGAUCGCGGAUCGAAUUUGAAGCCCAAGAUAUGCAUUACAACAAGUACGUCAGCAGGAUUGGAGCAAAUCUUGCCUUGGAUGUUCUAUCACAAGGUCAUUGGGGUUUCACUCUUCUUUCUUUUUGUGGAGGGAAAAGCUGCAUCUCCUGAUGUGACUAGAGUUUUGCAGUCAAUUCCUGGAGUGAAGUUGAUAUUCAGAACAAGAGAGUUAGAGGAGCAGCAGGCAAAAAGUCGGAUCUGGAAUGAAACAUGGCUUUCUGGUUUCUUUUACAAGCCUUGCAAUUAUGAACUAUUUGUGAAACAAUCUCUCAAUAUGGAGAUGGCUAUUACUAUGGCAAGGGAUGCUGGCGUGGAUUGGAUAAUUCAUCUUGAUACUGAUGAGUUGGUACAUCCAGUCGGUGCUCAAGAGUACUCCUUGAGGCAGUUGCUGCAUGAUGUGCCUGGAAAUGUCGAUAUGGUUAUUUUUCCCAAUUACGAAAGCAGUGUUGAAAGAGAUGACAUAAAGGAACCUUUUACUGAGGUAUCAAUGUUCAAAAAAAACUUUGACCACCUGCCCAAGGAUACAUAUUUUGGCAUGUACAAAGAAUCAACUCGUGGUAACCCAAAUUACUUUUUGACUUAUGGAAACGGGAAAUCAGCUGCUCGAAUUCAAGAUCAUCUUCGUCCAAAUGGUGCACAUAGAUGGCAUAAUUACAUGAAAACCCCAAAUGAGAUUAAAUUGGAGGAAGCUGCCGUAUUACACUACACAUAUGCAAAAUUUUCUGACUUGACCUCUAGACGUGACCGCUGUGGGUGCAAACCUACCAAAGAUGAUGUUAAAAGAUGCUUUAUGUUGGAAUUUGAUAGAGCUGCAUUCAUAGUUGCUUCUACUGCAACCCAGGAGGAAAUCGUAGACUGGUACCGAGAACAUGUUGUGUGGGGCGACAAAGACGUAAAAAUAAAGUUGCUGAAGAAGGGCAUUUUAACACGAAUUAAUGCUCCUAAGGUGAUUAUACAGGGAUUAAGGGAGAGUGGCGUCUUCGAGUCUGUUAUUGCAUCUGCUUCUGAAACUCGUUCAAAGGAGAAAUUUUUAUCAUCCAUCUCUAUCUCUAGCAGUAACUCGAGCAAAGCCGUUGCAUCUCAAUCCCUUCCAUCUAGAAGUAACAAGUACCAAGCAACUGCAAGGAAGGCCCUGGGAAUUGAACCUGAUGAGUGGCAUCAACCCGCCGUUCCGCCACAAUCUCCUCCAGGAAUAGACGUAGAAACUCUCAACCUGGUAGGAGGUAUAUGAUUCUUGUAAAACCAACUCUCGUUACUUGGUCUCCGGUUUAUGGUGUAGAUUCUUUUUACUACCUUCAUGUUACAGUACUUGGCUACCAAGAGCUGUUAGGAGUGAGAAAGGAACAGCAGAUUAAGAAGCAUUCUUUCUUCCUUAUACAAACAAUACGUUGUGCUAACUAUGAAAUUAUGCAAUCAAUUUCAAGUAUGUUAUUUAAA